UCGAUGUUCCCCGUCGGAAAAGCUGCCCCGGUAAAGAGGGGUCGCCUCUGCCCAACUAGGACCGACACGCUCUUGCCGGGGUGCCCCAGGCAGUCCUGCCUGCUCUGCUUGGCCCCACGAGCUUAAGGCAGCGUCGCUCCGGCUAGGACGGUGGCGUGUACAACGCGGAGGAUCGCGCUCAACUCCUGCUCUCAUGGGGGAAUAUAUCUCCCCACUUACGCACGAUUGCGCAGUCAGAGCAUGCGGGCUGGAGUUCCCUUUUAGCAGGGAAAGCACGUGCGACGAUGAACUGUCGAACCCCGUUUGCGCCGAAGCGCUUGCCGACACGCCCCCUCUCUGGCUCCUUUGAAAGGCCACGAGGAUUUCCCCAUCAUCUCUCCUCUUCCUGUUGGCUCUGCGUUGCUGCCGCACGGGGGACCUUUCCCUUUAGUCCCGGAAUGUAUUUCAGCCCGUUUGCAGCGAAACGCUUUCUUUGCCUGCUGUCUCCUCUUACGCCUAUGGAUCGGUUGAUUAGGGUGAAAUAAAAGAGGCUUCCAAGGCGGAGUGUGGCCACAGGAACAGCAAGUGACUAUUUGUCUUGGAGUACGAUGCCCACGGAUGAUGCCCCCUCAACCUUAGUGAAAGUGCUCCACCUGGUUUUCCUUUCAACUUUCUGGGGAAUGCAGAUAUGGGUCACUUUUAUAUCCAGUUUUGUGAUGGAAAAUAAUCUCUCACGACACACAUUCAGAUUCAUUCAAAGUUUCCUCUUUCCUUAUUACUUGCACAUCGGUUCUGCUUGCGCUUUCAUCAACCUGACAAUAUUUGCCAUGUGUCAUCCCAGCGAACUUCUCAAUGAGGAAGAAACCAUGCAGAUUACAGUCUUUUUCAUUUGCGUCAUAGCUGCUGCUCUAAAUGCUCAGUGGUUUGGGCAAGUGACUUCGGACAUUAUGGCUGAAAUGCAUCUGAUUGAGCAAAGCUAUGGCUUCGGAGGGGCUGUUGGGUUGUUCUCAAAUAGAUCCCUCAUCCGGUUGCGUCGACUGGAUUCUAAUUACAAGGAUCUGACCAACAGACUGAGCAUCUACCAUGGCUUUUCCUCCCUUUGCAACCUGUGCUGCAUUGCAUGCAAUGCCUUGAGUCUUUACUAUAUGGCUGCUCACCUGUCAGCACUAUAAUCACAAGGACAACUAACCCAAAGCUCAGGCUUCGCAUGGGCAUGUUUGUGAAUAUAUGGGCUACAGUGGCUUAAGCCAUGUUAUGAACUGCUAUAGAGCACACUUCACAGAAGAGUCACAGGCUGUUGAGUCACCAUUUUUCCAAUUUUGUAUGCUGCAAAAUCUCUUGAGCAACUGUGGGAUUUAGUAGUCAGUGCCCUAACUGAACUUUAAUACAAGUCUGAGCUCCUGGUUGAUCAAUAAGAAAGUUCAGAGAGGCUGAAGUACCUAAAACAAUUUAAAACCACCAAGAUAUUAAUUUUAAGUACCAUUCUUGGUUUUUUAAAACUUCCUUGAUCAGGGUGGGUCGUACAUCUUCCCUCCCAACCCUGCUUUCACAGUCUAUAGUCUCAGUUCUGGGAGGAACUCAACUAAUACUGCAAAAACGAUCAAGUCUAAAUAUCUACUGAUCACAUAGAACAUUUCAAAAACAAGCUAUGCAGAAAUACAGUGAUGGUAUUUGUACAAUGUAAGGACUAUUUGAUACACUGCUUUCAUGCUCAAAUGGGGCCCAGUACCUCUUUCAGCCCAAAGGUCAAAUUUCAUUUUGGAAUUGCAUCCCAGUGGUGGUUGGGGCAGAAAGGGUGGGGUCAAAAUAUUUAUUUUAGCUUAAUACUCUUAAUGCAGGUAACCAAGACUUAAAAGAUGUUUUCCAGCCUUUUAGAGUAGGUGAGCAGAGGUGUGCUGUACAAAAAGCAGGAAACCACCAAAUGGUUGGUGGCUGGGAAAAGGACAUGUGGCUGUCUGGGAAAUGCCAGAGGAUGAGCUUGGGGUCCAUGGUGACCUGGGCUGGGCCCAGAGACCUGCUAUUUUCCACCCAUGUAACUAGCAGGGAGGGCAAAGAUCCUGAAGCCACAAAGUGAAGCAGUUGGGUAGAUGUGAGAAAUGCACUUCUUCCAGAAAUUAAAUCUUACUGUAGAAUAUAUAAAAUGUGUUGGACUGCAUCUUCUGUUUAGUCUAGUCUAGUCCCCUGCUCCCCCCCCCCCCCCGUAGGCUAGUUUGAUCUUAGUACAGCAAAAAAACAGUAAAACUGCAAAGUUCUCAACAAAGAGCUCCACAUUCUUUUGUUGAAGAACACAAGACAGUAGUGAAUAAGCUAUAGCAGUGCUGUAAUCUCUGUUGCUGUGAGCAAGCAGACAAUCUUAUCUGUUGAUCCACAUGACUACUGGAUAACAGCAGGCAGGCGGACUAGAACUCAUACAUUCCAGUCCAGCUGCACCAGUGGAUACAAGUAGAGCAGAUACACCUUAAAUCUCUCAUAUGAUGAAUUAAUGGCAUGUACUAUUAUGUUAAAAUUCACUGUCCCAUUUGGUCUCAAAAGUGGAAGCCCUGUGUACAAUUCAAAUGAUUUAUGGCAACUUC